AUGAGCUUCUUCGACCCACAGCCCCACUCCCCACCACGCUGCAGCCCACAGUUCCCAAAUAUCGGCCAGGAGCCUCCCGAGAUGAACAUCUACUACGAGAACUUCUUCCAUCCGCAGAACGUCCCCAGUCCCCAGAGGCCGAGCACCUUCGAGACGACGGAUUACGGCGCCACUCCCAACCCCUACCUGUGGCUGAACGGCCCCUCCAUGACCCCCCCGCCCUACCUGCCGGGAUCCAACGCCAGCCCCUUCAUUCCGCAGUCCUACGGCGUGCAGAGGCAGCUCCUGCCCAACGUGCACGGCCUGGGGGGCACUGACCUCGGCUGGCUGCCUCUGCCGUCCCAAGAGGAGCUCAUGAAGUUGGUCAGACCACCCUACUCCUACUCUGCCCUCAUCGCCAUGGCAAUCCACGGGGCUCCUGACAAGAGGCUGACUCUGAGCCAGAUCUACCAGUACGUGGCUGACAACUUCCCCUUCUACAACAAGAGCAAGGCUGGCUGGCAGAACUCCAUCCGGCACAACCUGUCCCUCAACGACUGCUUCAAGAAGGUGCCUCGAGACGAAGAUGAUCCAGGAAAAGGGAACUACUGGACUCUGGACCCAAACUGUGAAAAGAUGUUUGACAACGGGAACUUUCGCAGGAAGAGGAAGAGGAAGUCUGACAUCGAGGCGAGUGCUGCCACGCUCGGAGCUGAGAAAUCAGAGGACAGCACCCUGACUGGCAGCCCCAAAGCUGCAGAGCACCAGGACAUCUUGGAAAACUCACCCCCUGGGGCUGACAACUCCCCCGAGAAGGAGUCUCCCCCUCCCUCGUCCAGCAGCCCGUGCCUCGGUAACUUCCUCUCCAGCAUGACGGCCUACGUGAGCAGCGCCAGCUCGGGGGGCCGCUCGGGGCCCCUGGGACUCAGCUCUGACCCCAUUGACAAAAUGGGGCAGAACAUGGCAGGCUUUAAUUCCUACUCCCCCCUCUCCGGUAUCCCCAGCCACGGGGUGGGAGAGUGGUCCAAUUCCAUGCCUUCCCCUCACCUUGGCCACGGCAACUCCGUGCUCAACCAGUUUAACACCCAUUUUUACAGCAGUAUCAGCACCAACAACACACUGUACUCCAGGGAAGGGACAGAGGUUUAAAUGAAGGAUUCUA